AAGCUCGAUGAAAGACUAGACGAUCAGUCGAACACCCACCCCCUUCGGUGUUUCGUCGUUCUGCAAGACGAGCAUUUAUGGAGAUGGAUGGCUCGCCAGCGUACCCCCCCUCCCCUGUGUUUGAAUUCCUCCAUUGACUGUUGUUGAUAGUCUCUCUCUGUCUUUGCAUCGAGCACUUGGCGGUCAGGGGUUCAAGAAUUUGCUCGAUUUGCUCUGUUUUCUCGGCUUCGACCUCUUUGAUCAAAGAGGGUAGCGAGUGAUUAGCUCGGCUCCGGCACGCACCCGGUUCGAACAUGACCCUCCGCGGAGCAGAACCCGGCAUCACGGUCGCCGUCUUCUUCGUCACCGUCGUCAUCGCCGGCGUCGCCGUCCCGACAGCUCGAGCCAGGGCUCGGAGCUCGGCUUCCCCCUGCAGCCGGACUUGCGGGACCGGAAAGUGGGCGCAGCGCGUUGACUACCCAUUUGGGUUCUCGAGCGGAUGCGAGAUCGAGUUGAGCUGCACGGCGGCCGCCAACGCCACGGGGAGCGAGAUCGCGAUCGGCGGAUUCCGGGUCCUCAACGUCACCCGGUCGAGCAUCCUGGUCAGCCUCCCCGCCGAAUGCGGCCGCCACGUCGGGUCGGUCUCGCCGCUCUUCGGCGACAGCUACGCGCCCACCUGGGCCAACAGCUUCCUCCUCCAGAACUGCUCGAGCCCCCCGGCCGGAGGCGGCUGCCUCAUCCCGACCAGCUUCGUGGAGGCCCGGUUCGGGGCCAAGCACUGCGAGGCCCGGAGCGACAACAUAAGCUGCUUCUCGCCGGAGAACAGGGGGUCCGACGUGAUGGGGUACGAGGCGGUGGGCGACACCGGGUGCAAGUUCCUGUUCUCGGCGGUGGAAUCGGACGGGAACUGGUUCGAGUUCCAGGUGAUCGAGCUCGGCUGGUGGCUGGAAGGGUCGUGCGGAGCCGGCGGGAGGUGCGCGGCGGAGGCGAACUGCACCAGCGUGCUGCUCGCCGACGGCGGAGACGGGUUCCGGUGCGAGUGCCGGGAGGGGUACAAGGGCGACGGGUUCGCCGCCGGCCGCGGUUGCCAGAGAGUUUCAAGUUGCAGUGCUUCGAAGUACUUCUCUGGCGAUUGUAAAGGAAGUUCGAAGAUUGGUCUUCUUAUUGGAGGGCUGAUUGCCGGAGCUUCGAUAAUGGCCGGCCUAGCCGGUAUAUGUUUUUUCAUCCGACGCCGGUCAAGUUCGCGCAGAAACCGGAUGAGCGCGAAGCGGCUUCUGGAUGAAGCCGCCGGGAGCUCCAGUGUCCCCCUGUAUCCAUUCAAGUACAUCGAGAAAGCUACUAACGGAUUUUCCGAGAAGCAGAGAUUGGGGAACGGUGCCUACGGGACGGUAUACGCAGGGAAGCUCCACAGCGACGAGUGGGUUGCCGUGAAGAGAAUCAGGAAUCGGGACACGGACAGUAUCGAGCAAGUCAUGAACGAGAUCAAGCUCCUUUCGUCUGUCAGCCACCCGAACCUCGUCCGCCUCUUGGGAUGCUGCAUCGAGAGAGAUCAGCAAAUACUCGUCUACGAGUACAUGCCGAAUGGAACUUUGUCCCAGCACUUGCAGAAAGAGAGAGGGAAAGGGCUUCCUUGGACCGUAAGGCUCACCAUCGCGGCCGAGACGGCCCAUGCCAUCGAGUACCUCCACUCGGCCGUCAACCCGCCCAUCUACCACAGAGACAUCAAGUCCAGCAACAUCCUCUUGGACCACAACUACAACUCGAAGGUGGCAGAUUUCGGCCUCUCCAGGCUCGGGAUGGUGGAGUCGGAGCUGUCCCACAUCUCGACAGCUCCCCAGGGGACUCCGGGGUACCUAGACCCUCAGUACCAUCAGAAUUUCCACCUCUCGGACAAGAGCGACGUGUACAGCUUCGGGGUGGUCCUCGUGGAGAUCAUAACCGGGCAGAAGGUAGUAGACUUCUCCCGGCCGCACACCGAGAUUAACCUCGCUGCACUCGCAAUCGACAGGAUCGGCAGGGGCUGUGUGGAAGAGAUCAUAGACCCAUUCCUGGAUCCGCACAAGGACGCCUGGACGCUCUCAUCAAUCCACAAGGUGGCCGAGCUGGCCUUCCGGUGCCUCGCCUUCCACAGCGACAUGAGGCCGUCCAUGACGGAGGUGGCGGAAGAGCUCGAGCACGUUAGGCAGAGCGGGUGGGCCCCGUUGGAUGAGGAUGUGGCAUGCGCCGCAUCGUCCGUGGCAUCCAUCUGCUCGUCACCUUACGCCAUGAGCGAGAGGUCAACGGGCGGCUCAUUGAAGAAGAAGAUCGGCUCGGUGAGCCAGAAGCUGUUCGUUCCGCCGAAGCCGGCCGACCGCUCCAGCUUGGAAGAGGUGAAGGAAAGCUCCCCAGUCUCUGUUCAGGACCCUUGGUUGAGUGAUCAGAGCUCGCCUUCAUCAAACAGCUUACUGAAUAACGCGAUUCGGUGAUGAUGACCGAAAUUGUGGAUAAUCUUUAAGUUAUUUUUGCAAAUUGGGCUAAAUCCCAUAUAAAUGAUCAUAAAUUUUACACAGGUAAAAAAAUAAAAUUGUGACUGAUUCACCAGGCUCUUUCAAACUA